AUGUCAGAGUUUCAGACCACUGAAGAUCAGAAAUACCCGGGCAAAGCUGGCAUCAGCUGGCCAAUCCAAGAAAAAACGUCAGAUCCUAUAGCGAAAUUCUUCCAGCCAGGCUCUAAGCUCACCUGGCACUGGAAUUGGAGUAAACAUUGGAAAGGGCCUUUAGUGCCGGAGACAUCACCAGAUCUGGACAUACAUGCUGAAUUCCUACCCAUGGUCUGGUCCCCCGAGCUGGUCCAUGAUGGUAACUCGUUACAACCUGGAUGGAAACUAUUAAUGGGCUUCAAUGAGCCAGAUCACAAUGACCCCGCUGUUGCUCGAAAAAUCAGUCCUCGAGAUGCCCUCCCUGCGUGGAUCGAGAUGUCAAAAUGGAUCACUGAACCAGAUCAGAAACUAGUCUCACCAGCAGUAGCGGGAAAUGUGGAUUGGUUGAAGGAAUUCUUUUCCCUCAUACCUCCUCAUACCAAACCUUCUUACCUUGCGGUACACGUAUAUACCACGACUUUCGACUCUUUCGUCAAGACAAUAGAAAACUACUGGAAUACCUUCAAAUUGCCUAUCAUCGUUACUGAAUUUGCUAUGCAGAGUUUUGACCCUAAUGUACCUGGACCUCAGAGCCAACAGCAAGUCCACGAUUUCAUGGGUCAAACCACGAAGUGGCUAGACGAGACACCAUAUAUCUUCAAACAUUCGUGGUUUCUCGCUUGUCGAGAUUCAUUCCAUCUCCACGGUGUACAUGAGUACAAUAGGCUCAUGGAUAGGAACGCGGAAUUGACACCUCUAGGAAGGCAAUACGUCAAUGGUGGACACGACUGA